AUGCAAAUGGCUGACAAACUCAAUAAUCACUCCGCGCAACUUCUUGUGCGCCUUCCUCCCGCUGCCGGCUUGGAGAGCUUGCCACCUGUGUACACACUUGCAAAUGCGCAGGAUGAGCGAGCUAAAACGCUGCUACUUCUCCUCGAGAAGGGCCAUGCAACUGUUGCGCCCCUGCGUGAGCCGAAGUUGAUUCUUCAUAGCCAUCUUCCUCAUCUCCUAGGGUCCGCUUAUUUUCUAGGAGCUUCUGCGCAACAGCUAGAAGAGCUUUAUGCUCAUGAAAUCACUACUCUGAAAGAGAUCGAUGAUACUUUUAUUACAGGAGAUGCGAUUCGCAAGGAGAAUUGGAGGGAGUUCCUCGGUCAAAAGUCAUAUACAGUGGCUUAUGUACAGUAUUUCGAUAAGGAGAUCGAACGCAACAACGGAGACUGGAAGAAGGUUCUCAAGGAUUAUCUUUUUCCUGGACCGGAGCCGCUCAUCAAUGGCUUCAGCGGUGGUCUUGGCCACCCGUUUAUUCACCUUGCCUAUGCAUGGGAGCUUCAUGCUCCUACAGUCGCCUCCGAGGCGCUGUCUCUGGGUUGCACCGAGAUAAUUGAAGCUCAUGGUAUACUAGACAACUAUCCUCCGGAUACCUCCACCUAUAAGACGUCCAGUCUGGGUGACGUUAUCAAGAGGGUGCAUGACGACAAACGGUUCGACAACCUCUUCGAAUAUCAGGGAAUUACGAACGUAGAGGAUCUGAUGAGGAACCGUUUCGAAGCUGUGCUGGAGCAUUGGAAUGCGUGGGAAGUGACUGAUCCGCUGGCUCAGUUGGAGAAUUGUUGCGACGUUUCAGCUCUACUCGCAAUCGCGACUGGGGACAGGGAAAGGAAGUAUGACUUUUAUCUCAUCCACACGAUGACUGUUGCGCAUGCGCUCCGCGUCUUGUGGGAACUGUUCCCGGAGAACCAGCGACUUAAGCCGCAGGUGGACUUUGGUCUGAUCGAGCAGAUAGAGUCUGUGAAGUUGCAGGAGGCGGACACCUGGGAUUCUCUAGUCUCUAAGGCGCUCCAGCAUAAGUGGAUGAAAGACUCUCAUUUCUUCAAGGUCUUCCGGGCGCUAAAAGCGUUCGAUGAGACGUAUGGAUCAAAGAUGGGCUUUUAUCAGAAAGCAUCGGCAAAGUUUCUGACUGAAUUUGAAGGAUGGGAGGGAUUUGGGCAGGGCGUUGAGGGCUUCUUGCCCAGUCGCGACGGAUAUAUCCCAGAGUAA